AUGGCCCCAUGCUUUGAAUUGUUCUCAAUGCUCUCGAUUACCCUCAUUGCACUCACUUCUCUCCAGACCUUUCCUGCAGUUUUGUCUGCAAAGAUGCCUCAAUGGGGCGGCCCCGGCCCGCAGGUAACACAAGAUUUGGAUCGAUCGCCAUCAGCUCGACCACUUACGCAGGAGAUCCCCCCUUUGCAGGAUUAUGAUUGCACCUUGACACCUUUGCAGAUCGAUGCCGAAAAGUACAAAGCCCGAUGUCUUCCUGGGAAAGGGCCUUGCUUCACUCAUAAAGGUGAUGGCUCACUCAAGGCCACAAACAUCGAACCGUGGCUCGAACCACUCAACAUGACACAAGAGAUCUUGCUCAUGGACGAAACUGCUAGAGAUUUCACCGUACGCGACCCCUCGACACCGUUCGAGAUCACUUAUCUGGCAUAUGGUGACACCAACUUCCGCUAUUCGAAAUUCAAUCCUGAAACUCGAUGCUACGACAUUCUAAUCAAGGCAGGGAAUAGCUUUAACGGCAUAAUCUCUGUUGGGGAGAGCCCCGAUGGCACGUCCCUCUCGAGCAAAUCUACCCGUAAUUUUGGUGAUGAGCUCAGUCAUACUUUUUGCGCUGAACAUCUCUACAUCACUUUGAAGUUUUCGAAUUUUUUGUGGACAGCUCAUCGUCAUCAAUAG